AUGCUGAAAUUCAUUAUUUUUCUGAUCGCUCUAAAUCUCAUUUCUGAAAUUCAAUGCAGAAAGAUCACAAUCUACAACAAAUGUUCAAUGACAAUUUGGCCCGGUAUUCUUGGACCUGGAAAUCCAGCUGGAGGUGGAUUUGAACUGAAAUCUGGAGAAUCUCGAGAUAUCGAUGUUGCUGAUUCGUGGACAGCUGGUAGAAUCUGGGCAAGAACUGGUUGUGAUUCAAACUUCAAUUGUGAAACCGGAUUUUGUAGAAAUAGUGAGCAAUGUAAUGGAGCUGGAGGUGUUCCACCUGUGUCAUUAGCUGAAUUCACUUUGAAUGGUUGGGCUGGUCAAGAUUUUUAUGAUGUUUCCUUGGUGGAUGGAUAUAAUCUUCCAGUUAUGAUUCUACCUUAUGGUGGUGGUCUGAAUAAAAAAUCAAUAUUUAAUGGAGGUUGCAAACGAGCAGGAGGCUGUUUCAAAGAUCUCAAUAAAAUCUGCCCACCUGAACUUGCCAUCAAAGGAAAGACCGGGCAAAUUGUUGCCUGCAAAUCUGGUUGCCUUGGAUACAAUACUGAUCAAGAAUGUUGUCGUGGAGCAUUUGGGACUGCAGAUAAAUGCCAUCGUAGUCGAACUGCUCAAAUGUUCAAAGAUGCUUGUCCAACUGCUUAUUCAUAUGCAUAUGAUGAUAAGACUUCUACUUUUACUUGUCCAAAGGGAACAAAUUAUGUUGUUCAGUUUUGUUGA